AUGAUCCUCACGCAGUGCGCCGUCUGCGCCACCGAGCUUGGCUUAUCCUUGGGCAAGAAAUGCGGCCGCUGCAGCACGCGCUACUGUGGGCCUGAAUGCCAGGUGCAGCACUGGAAAGAGGGUGGCCACGAUAAUAUCUGUAAGAAAAUAAAGAAAGCAGGCGGCGCCGAGCAAUACAACGCAAAUACGAAGUAUACGGAGGCCGUAGCGGUCGCGGCGAAGGCGUGCGCGGAGGACACCAAGGGCCAGACGUGCUACAUCUGCACGCAGGCCGUGCAUUGGAAGACGAAGGAGGGCCUCGUGCGCAUGUGUGCGUGCCGCGGGACGGCGGGCUUCGCGCACGUGUCGUGUCUGGCGGAGCAGGCGAAGAUUUUGGUCGAGGAGGCCGAGGAGAACAAUUUGGACAUUAAACGUAAGGUGCAAUUGAAUCGGUGGCACUCGUGCAGUCUGUGCGAGCAGAAGUACCACGGCGUCGUGCGGUGCGCGCUCGGGUGGGCGUGCUGGAAGACUUAUGCGGGGCGGCCGGAGACAGACUCGACUCGGCUCUAUGCGAUAAACCAGCUUGGGAACGGCUUAUCCUCCGCAGAUCACAACGAGGACGCUUUGUCCGUGAGAGAGACGCAGUUGGCUUUGGUGCGGCACCUUUGCCCUACAGACGAAGAGAGUAUGCUCACCACGCAGAGCAAUCUUGCGAUCGCGUAUAAAAAGGUAGGGCGGCUAGACCAGGCUACACGCACGCGAGGAGGCGUGUACUUCGGGCAUUUGAAGCUCUCUGGAAAAGAGCAUAAAAGCACCCUCAUAGCAGCCAGCAACUACGCGUCAGGGCUCAUGGAUCUACAACACUUCGAACAAGCCAAAUCGCUGCUGCACAAAACUAUGCCCGUGGCGCGACGCGUUCUCGGCGAGAGUCAUGCACUUACGCUCGGAAUGAGGAGGAAUUACGCGCGGGCGCUCCGCAAGGACCCGGCCGCCACGCUCGACGAUGUCCGCGAGGCCGUGACGAGGCUCGAGGACUUGGAACGGACCGCGCGGCGCGUGCUCGGUGGCACCAACCCGUUCGUGAUGGGUGUUGAGCACGAGGUGGAAGCGUCGCGAGCAGCGCUCCGUCGUGAUGGAUAUUGGCGCGAAGAGACAGCUCCGGGCGACGUGAGCUCCCUACGCGAGGCGAUGGAAGCGAUGAUGUCGGGGGAUGCUAAGUAA